AUGAGAUAACAAUAAUCAAAUAAAUCCUUUAAUAUCUCAAAUCCUACCUUUUACAUAUCAUUGGCCAGCAUGAUUGCCUUUGAAUCUUAUUCUCUCUAUCGAUUUUCAUCGAUCUGUAAAUCAAAUUAGGUAGAGGGAAUCGAACAAGGCUAUUUUGGAUUCUUCAGGGAUCAUUCAGAUGCUCAAUGGGGAGAGUUUGCUGGACAUUUGGCUGAAUUAAUGGCUUUUCAACUCAUUUUUUUGAUUGGCUCAUAUGCUGUUAAAUAUUAUAGUAAAUUAGAAAGCAAAUAAAGAAACUUAUAAUAUUAUAAUAUUUGUCUAGGAAUGAGCUACGCUUUCUAUUUACAUAAUAUAGGAAUGAUUUUUUAAUUAUCCAUUAUCAUAGGGUUUUAUUUAUUCCAAAAAAUAUUUUAUAAAAUGAAAUAUUUCAUCCCCGUUUUAUGGACUCUAGCAUUAGUGACUCUAUGGUCUAACGAGACUUUUCAAGGAUACUCAUUUGCUAUGAUAUCACCUUAAUUAAAAUUCUUAGAAGAUUUCAAACAUAACAAUUAACUUGUGAGAUGGAACCUAGUAUUUAACAUGAUUUUAUUGAGAAUUAUUAGUUUCUCAGUUGAUAAAGUUUGGGCUUCUUAAUCAGAUGCCAAAUACAAAUAUGAUUUAAUACAUGAGAAACAAAUACUCAAAACAUAUAGGGAGAGAGUAUAAGAACCACAACCAAUAGAGGAAUAUAACUUUUUGGGUUAUCUUAGCUUUUUAUUUUAUGUUCCUCUUCUUUUUUCAGGGCCAUCUAUGGGUUAUAAUGCUUUCAAUUCUCAAUUGAAAAUUCCCUAAUAACAGUUGAAUCGAGCAUAAGUCUUAAAAUAUAUCCUAAGAGUCUAUUUUCUUGAUUAUUUAACUUUUGAACUUUUUCUACAUGUAUGUUACCCUAACGCUAUUCCAAAAAUUGCUGGUAAUUUUAAAAUUCUGAAAACUUUUUCUGUUUUUGAAUUACAUGUAAUGGGUUUCACAAAUCUCAUCUUUUUAUGGUACAAAUUUCUGACGAUAUGGAGAAUAGCUAGAGGAUGGGCAUUAUUGGAUGGAAUUGAGACACCUGAAAAUAUGAAUAGAUGCAUUUAUAACAAUUAUAAUUUUAGUGGAUUUUGGAGAUCUUGGCAUAGAAGCUUCAAUUAAUGGUUGAUUAGAUAUAUAUAUGUUCCAUUGGGGGGCUCCAAAUAUAAAUCAUUGAAUAUGUGGGCGGUCUUUACUUUUGUUGCCUUAUGGCAUGAUUUCAAAUUAGACCUUUUGCUUUGGGCUUGGAUUAUAUGUUUAGCUUUGAUUCCAGAAAUAGCUUUACAAAAAUAUUUCGAUAAGGAAUAUUUCUAUAAAAAGCCAUGGUUUAUUUGGUUAUGUAGAUUAGGAGGAGGAUUUCAGAUUGAAAUGAUGUGUUUAGCUAAUCUUAUUGGAUUUGGUAAUGGACAUGAAGGUAUGAAUUUUGUGCUUGAAAAAUAUAUGAGUUGGGAAGGCUUAAUAUGCUUCAUAUUCUAUUGUGUUAUUAGAAAUGGAUGGGCAACAACUAUUCAAUUUAGAAUAAGGGAUGAUGAAAAAGCAGAGCAAAAUGAAAAAAACUUUUGA